AUGAAUGCAAUCCGAGAUAGUAUGAACGAAGUGAACAAAAAAUUCAAUUCAUUGCCUAACCACGUAACUCUUCUCAAAAACAAAGAGAAAAGUGCUAGGGUUAGUGAACCCAGUCUUGGUGUACUGCAGUCGGAAGAAGAAAGUGAUACUCAGUCGGAGGAAGAAGGUGGUGAGAAUUCAUCGAAAAAAGAUAAAGAUGAUAAUCCAUCGGAGGAAUAUGGUGGUGCUACUCUAUUGAAGAAAGAUGGUGAUGAUAUUCCGUCAGAGGAAGAUGGUGGUGAUAUUCCAUCAGAGAAAAAUAAAGAUGGAGGUUCUAAGGAUGAUAAUGUUCUCGCUAUUGCAAACCAAGUGCAGAGUGAACAUGGUAAUAGUGAUGAUAAAAUGAAUGACAGUGCAGAAAUGUCUGCAGCGGCAGCGCAGCUCGAGAGUAAGAUGUAUGAAAAGGGAAAGACUGAGAAGGCAAAGAUUGAGAAGAAGAAAAAGAAGAGGGCGAGAAUAUAUGAUGGAAAAGAAGUAGUUCCUUUGAAAAAGACAAAGGGCAAUAAUGUGAGGAGUCCCAUUGGACCAAGACGCCAAUCGAGGGAGGCAGCCCAGAAGCAGAAGAAGGAGGUUUAUGACGGGAUAGCUUAUACUUGA